AUGUUUUUCGUUAUUCACGAACAUGAUGAAUUUAGACGCAAAACUCCAAAAGUAGCCAUCGAAAUAAAAGAAAAUUUUAACCCAAAAAACACAUCAGGAUUUUAUCUUAAACAGAUCUCUAUAAAAGCCAUAUUUAAACUACCAUAUCUUAUUAUUGCCUUCAGAUUGAAAGAUAUGGAAAGUGACAGAGGUGAUAAUGGUACCCAAUCCAGAAAACCACCAACUGAAGUUAUUUUUGAGGAAAUUAAGAGUGGUAAAUCUGAUUUAAUAAAUGUCAUAGAUGCCUCUGAAACAAGGCUGCUAUUAAAAAUUGAAGAAAAAAAUCAAAAAGUAAAGGAAUUGGAAGAAGAAAAUCAAUACUUAAAAGGAAAACUAGAAAAAUUAGAGCGAGAGAAUAAAGCAAAUAAUAUUAUAAUAUACGGAGCACCUAAAACAAUACUGACUGUCGACGCCUUGAAAAUAGAAAUUAAUAACCUUGUUGGAGUAAACCUAGAUACACAAGAAAAAGAGUGUUACAUCCAAGGAAAUAAGUUGGUUGUAGAUAACAAAAAGUACUCCCUCGAAGAACUUCAGGUACUUGACGUUGAAGAAGCGGAAGUUAGUUCAAUUCAAAGUGCCCCAUCUACACCUACACCUUCUAUUCUGUCAAAACCUGUCUCAAGGAAAAUUAUAAUACCACCAAAGACCAAAGGAUCAAAACAGGAAACACCUCCAUUGAAGUCAUCUAAUAGUAAAGAAUUUCGUAAUUCAAAGCCUCUACUCAAUGACAUUACUGUUAGAACUCGAUCCAACUCGGCUAAAGAAGGAAAUAAGUAA